GUGAAACCGUGCUCCCUAACCUUGCACAUUUGAUAACAUUUCGGAAGCAGUACUCAGGUCAUUGGAAUGAAGGCCCUCAUCUUUGCAGCGGCUGGAGUCCUGCUUCUGUCACCCACUUUUUGUCAGAGUGGUAUGGGAAAUGAUACACGCAACUUGGGAGACCCGACAUUACUUAGUAAGACCUUCCAUGGAGCUCCCCUGAUUUCUUUUGAAGAGACCUCCUUUUCCACCAUAGAAGACUGGGCAGAAACCACAAAUGUAAAAAUUAAGUGCCCUGAAGAAAGUGUUUCAAAUCUCCACGUGAAUAAUGCUACCAUGGAGUAUCUGAGCAGCUCCUUAAGUACCAAACUGAUACCCGCCGUCUACAUCCUGGUGUUUGCAGUAGGUGUGCCAGCCAAUGCAGCGACCUUGUGGAUGCUCUUCUUCAGGACCAGAUCCAUCUGCACAACCAUCUUCUAUAUCAACCUGGCCAUUGCAGACUUUCUUUUUUGUGCCACACUGCCCUUUAAAAUCGCUUACCACCUCAAUGGGCACAACUGGGUAUUUGGAGAAGUCUUGUGCCGGGCCACCACAGUCAUCUUUUACGGCAACAUGUACUGCUCCAUUCUGAUCCUUGCCAGCAUCAGCGUCAGCCGCUACAUAGCCAUUGUCCAUCCUUUUACUUACCGGGGGCUGCCCAAGCGUACCUAUGCCUUGAUAACGUGUGGGUUGGUGUGGGCAACAGUUUUCUUAUACAUGCUGCCAUUUUUCAUCCUGAAGCAGGAGUAUUAUCUUGUUCACAGGGACAUCACCACCUGCCACGACGUCCACAACAUAUGCACGCCUUCAUCUCUCUUCCAACUCUACUACUUCAUCUCCUUGGCAUUUUUUGGAUUCUUAAUUCCAUUUGUGGUCAUUAUCUACUGCUACACAACCAUCAUUUGGAUGCUUAAUGCUUACGACAAGAGGUGGUUGUGGUAUGUUAAGGCGAGUGUCCUCAUUCUUGUGAUUUUUACCAUUUGCUUUGCUCCAAGCAACAUCAUACUUAUUAUUCACCAUGCCAGCAACUACUAUGACACCGAUGGUUUAUACUUUAUCUAUCGUAUAGCUUUGUGCCUGGGUAGUCUGAAUAGUUGCUUAGAUCCAUUCCUUUAUUUUCUCAUGUCAAAAGUCCCAGAUCACUCCACUGCUUACCUUGCAAUAGUGAAAUCACCUUAGAGAACAAGGAACGCUAUUUGUGAAAACAUAUAUUCUUGGGAUAACAUGAGCAUAAGUGCAAAGAGCUCUAU